UCGUAACCGAGAGAGAGAGAGAGCUAGAGAGAGACGGAGAGAGUGUGAGUGCGAGACCCUAUUUGUGCAAAGGGAAGGACUCCUCAAAAAGAUGAUUGCCACUUCUCUCCUUGAAAAGUUGUCUUUCGCUUGAGUUUUUCCCGUACAGUUAGCUUUGUUUCCAAUCUUUGUUUAUUGUUCGUCGAUCAUCAGCACCACCAUCAUUGACAAAGACUUUCUCAUCGCAUUCCCGCAGAAAAAAUAUUCACAAGUCUCUCUCUCUCACAAGUCAGAACUGAAGAUAUAUUAUUGUAUCGAUUAUAUAUCCGUAGACUUCCCAACAUCAAUUUUUCGUCUCUGUGUUACAAUUCGUUAUGGGUAAAAAGCAGCACUUGGAUUGGACUUCGAAAUCCAUUAUGUCCUCUGGCAGUGAGAGAGUUUCUCUGUUGAGUAAAGAGGCACGGAGGAAGGCAAAUGACGAUGGCUCGGCUGAUGGUCCUCCAUCGGACCUUGAGCAUGGAGAUGCAAUACAGGCAGCAAAUGUUGGAUUUUGUAGAAUAUUUCAACUGGCGAAGCCUGAUGCAGGAAAUCUGAUUAUCGCCACUGUUGCCCUUCUGAUUGCAUCCACAACAAGUAUUCUCAUUGUAAGUCAUUUUUUGUGUUAGGUGUCAUACCUCCUCUCUCUCUCUCU